UUGAACUGAACGGUUAUCAAGUUCUGCAUGCAUCCGAUCAUGUUUCAUAUUUCAGUCAAGUUUGGUUGAAUUAUUUGAUAUUUCAUGCUUUUGGGUUUUUGAUAGAUAUAUCUAGUUUAAUGAAUGGAUUUAUAAGUUGAGUAUGUAAUAUGUUUCUCCGUUAGGUUCUUGAAGCCAGACUUUUUAUGCAAUUGGCGGAUGGUAUUGGAACUCUGUAGGUUCUGCUGGGUUUGAUAUUCCUUUUCUUCGUUUUUCAUGCUGUGGCCAAGAAUUAGGUGCCUCGGUUUAGAAGGACGAUAAGUUUAAGGAUAUUUUCUCCCAGGUGGAUUUUUGAGUCAGUUUCUGUUUAUUAGUUAUAUGCCUAAUUGGUUUUAUGUUUGCAAUACUAUAAAAGAAUGCUUUUAUUUUGAGUUUGUGUGAUCAAUCGUUCAUACACCAUAUGGUUAAACUUAAAUGAAAUCUAUUCGUAUACGCCUGUGGCAUAUAUUUAAACAGGGAUAGAGUUUAGUGCGUAUAUGCUCCCUGCCUUUCGAUAUUCCAGAAAAAGGUUCACGAGGAACAAAAGAUGGACCCUGCCUUAGUACCAUGAUGCUGUUCGAGUUCGAUCCAUCAACCGAACCUUAAUGAAAGGGGAUGAGUCAGACAAGGCGAGGAUGUUGUCAUCCUUAUCCUAAUAAAGAUUGAGUGGGAAAUAUAGUACUUACGAUAUUUAUAAAUGGACUGGAAUUGCAAGAUCAAUGGAAGUUGCACUUGUUUUCUUCAGUAUUAUAUAAAAAAUAAUAACGUGAAAUAAAUGAAAAGCUUACAUGCUUAUAUUGUUUCUUUUUCUUUUCUUUAUCUUUCAUGUCUCAAGACUCUAAAGGAAAGAUACCAGAAUAUCAAUUACUUACUAUUUUGAAUAUCUAUAGUUUCUUUUUGAGUGGAUGGUUACACUGUAAUAUUUUCAGACGUUUGUCUAAUAAAAAAUGUCAUAUAUAGUUAGAUUAUCCUUGAUAACAAUUUUUAAAUUAAUUGAUAAUAAAAAAAUCUUUCCUGUAUCUACAUAAAAAUUCAAUAUAAAACCAUUUAUUCUAAACAAGCUGUCUAUGAUUUGCGUGUAAUCUCAUCCUUUCCCUCCAUUUUCUUCUUUCCUUCCCUUCUCACUCAAAGGUAUGAGAAUAGUUCGUGAUACAGCAUCAUACCCAUGUGUCAUUCCUAUCAUCUCGUUGACAUAACUUUCUCAUGCCCCAAUUCUCUCCAUUAGUAAAAAUCUUUAAUCCCUAAAUAUUGGUAUAAGUAGGAUACUCUAAUCAUCUUUCAUUCAUUCCAAGAACUUCUUUUCUUAAAAAGAGGUACCUUUCUUUAGUUGAAUUUGCGUGUAUUGCUGCUGGUAUUCACACAGAACAUUGAGAAAGAGAGAAGGGAAGAAGGAUGGAUCACCAAGCUGACACUAACAGAACUGAUUUGAUGACUAUCACACGCUUUGUUCUGAAUGAACAGUCUAAGUAUCCCGAAUCACGUGGUGAUUUCACCAUCCUUCUCAAUACCAUUGUUCUUGGUUGCAAAUUUGUUUGUUCUGCUGUUGGCAAGGCUGGGUUGGCUAAACUCAUAGGACUUGCUGGAGAGACCAAUGUUCAAGGGGAGGAGCAAAAGAAAUUGGAUGUACUUUCAAAUGAAGUAUUUGUGAAAGCCUUAAUUAGCAGUGGACGCACAUCCGUUCUUGUUUCUGAAGAAGUUGGAGAGGCCAUAUUUGUGCCACAAUCACACCGUGGCAAAUACAUUGUUGUGUUUGAUCCUUUGGAUGGAUCCUCAAACAUUGACUGCGGAGUUUCUAUUGGAACUAUCUUUGGAAUUUACAUGGUAAAGAAUGAGGCUAAAGUAAGUCUUGAAGAUGCAAUGCAACCUGGAAACCAAAUGCUAGCAGCAGGUUAUUGCAUGUAUGGAAGCUCUUGCACGUUCGUGCUUAGCACAGGAAAUGGAGUGAAUGGUUUUACACUCGAUCCUUCUCUUGGGGAGUUCAUAUUAACUCACCCCAACAUCAAGAUACCAAGGAAAGGAAAUAUUUAUUCCGUGAAUGAAGGAAAUGCCAAAAACUGGGAUGAACCAACCACUAAAUAUGUACAAAAGUGCAAGUUUCCUCAAGAUGGUUCACCACCAAAGUCUCUAAGGUACAUAGGAAGUAUGGUUGCUGACAUCCAUCGAACAUUGCUUUAUGGUGGUAUCUUCAUGUACCCUGCUGAUAUAAAGAGUCCACAUGGAAAGCUACGGAUUCUUUAUGAAGUAUUUCCAAUGUCAUAUUUGAUGGAGCAAGCAGGAGGUCAGGCUUUCACAGGAAAACGACGGGCUCUUGACUUGGUUCCAAGAGAAUUACAUGAACGAUCACCAAUAUUCCUAGGCAGUUACGAUGACAUUGAGCAAAUCAAAGAGCUUUAUGCAUCAUCCAAAGCAGAUGGUGCAUGAAUAUUGUCUUUCAAUCUUUGAAUCUUUUCUUUCAUGUGUUAACAUAUA